UAAAAUGACUGGAUUAUUAUUUUAUAGUGUAUGAAAAAAAAUUUUCAAUUUUGACUCGAACCUUUUUAUUAAUAUGCAAAAAUAUCGAUUUCUAAAUUUAACGUAGGUUUGUAUUUGGUUCGAAAAUUUUUUACGGAAAACGUAACGAAAUCAACAGCAAUGAAUACUUUACGAGGAGUUUUUCCACCUCCUAAACCAACAUACAAAAGGAAUUUUAUACAAGAGAACAUGAAACAUAUAAAACAUAUGCAAGGUAUAUACAAUAAAGUGGAAAAUGUAAAACAACCUGCGAAACCAACGACAGACAAGUAUCAAAAUGUACCUCCAAAAAUAACUAAAUAUAUGGGAAUGCAGCCUAAACCUAGAUUACAGAAUGCAGAACAUAUACCUCCGACGAAAGCAAAAAGUUUACCAAAUACAAACACUGCACUUAAAAAAUCAAAGAAUCAAAUUUGUGUAACGGAAAGUGCAUCAAAUCCUACAGCAUCUUCACCGAGUGAACUGAAUAAUAAAUUUCGAGAUAUGGGCGUGCAGACUGAAAGUGUUUCUUUUUUGUUAAAAGAAAAUAAAAAUUCGAGGAUAUUAAAAAAUUUACCGUCCACGAAAAAAGAAGCUCAACCCGAUUUCAAUAAAAACAUGAGCUGUGGCGAUGUAGGAAAUGUGCCUGGUGAAAAUACAGAAAAAUUGAUCAGUUUAAAAGUUGAUGGGAAACCGAAAAAAGAGUCGAACGUAAAAACUGCGCCUUCAAAAACAGCGAAUGAUUUGGGUUCAGUAAAAGCAGGUUACCAAAGAGGAAUUGUUCCAAAAUAUUUACGUGAUCGACAAAAAGAAACUGAACCUGUAAUGACUAUUGAUCCAGAUUGCCCACCCGGACACAUUACAAUCCCAAACGAUGAACGUAAAGAGACAUUAAGAGCUUUACGCCAAAGUUACGCUGAUUUAGUCGGUGAAUUAAAUUUGUUACCUGUUAAAACAGAUACAUUACGAACGAGAAAUCGGAAAAUUGAACUAGAAAAGCAACUAAAUAAAAUUGAAGAAGGGAUAAAAGUAUUUUCACGACCAAAGGUUUAUGUUAAAAUUAAUUCAUAGUUGGAAUU